UCGAAAUUGUGUUAAAAUUCAUGCAGAAAAUAAGCCAAAACAAACUUAAUGUUACCUGUUCAAACUCGGUCACCUGAUACUUUUGAGUCCAAAAAACUGAAGAAGGAAAACGAAUCCAAACAGAGACGCACACGCGGCAAAACAAAAAAAGAGAGACAAAUCCUCCUCCGAGCUCGAUUAAUUAUGUGGCAAGAAGAAUAAAAUAGGACACAAACUUCCCCGUGAACACCUGAGUAGCCUCUGCGCCGAGCUGGCUCCCCAACGCGACGCGUCACAUGAACAGCCGACUACACGCUGUUACGUUUGAAAAACUUUUAAAGGUCUGUAAAGUUUGUUUCAGAGAGAAAGUCGCGGCAUUGAUGAAAAACGAAGUGAAACCCGGAAAGCCGCUUUCGCCGCCUCCCCUUGUGUCUAACGCCGUCCGUGAGGAGGAAUAGUCUGUCUGUCCGGUGGUUACCUGACUCCAGUCAUUACCGUGAGGCCAGCCCUCCAGACAGCAGCAGCAGCCUCAUGUUUCCUGUUGUUGUCGCCCAGAAUGACUGCAGAGCAGACAAACAGCUUUCCUCAAAAGCAAGGUGCUGCAAGGCCAAGCCAUGUUACCAGAAGUGAUUUUGAUGAAAUGAGGCAUCUCUGCAAAAAGUGUCACUGUGGAAAUCCAUUGUAAAUCCAGGUUGGCUGCUGCGGUUGUCCUCUGUGCGGGAGCAAGCUCAAAACCUUUCAGUGCCACCUCCCAAGCUAUACUGGGGUUGAUUUUUGUUGUAUUUUUAACAUAGUUUUUUGUGGAGUAUUCUUUUGAUUUGAAAGAGCAGUAGAACAAUAUACAAAAUACGCAGCACGCAACACAUCCAUCUGGGUAUGCUAAGAUGCAGGAUUUCAGUUCCAAAUGUGGUUUUUAGUAUGGUAUGUUGUGUUCGAGGCUUUGUUUCCUCACACAUCCUACACACGUCGUUUGCAAAAUUGGGACUGUAUUUUGCAUGUAACCAUACCCAAAUUUCCCUUUAUACUGUUCAGACCAAAAAACCCCAAAACAUUUUCUUGAAGUGUCCGAUAUUACCUCGUGUCACUUACCUAUAUUGACCAAGGAGUGGAAAGGAUAAAAAGUUUUAUUCAUGGGUGGCAGGAAGGACAGACCAAAGGCACCAUUCAACUACUUCAUAGCUGUAGCACCAUGAAAUAAAACUAGGCCAAGCUAUUUUUAUGUAUAUUUCAUUAUAGCUUACUCAUAUUUCAUUUAUACCACAAUAUACUUCAGGCUCAUUUUCUGGCGAUUAAUUGCUUUUUUAAUAUGCCCAAAUCUAGGGUAUGAACCCCAGAAGUACUAGCGCGACAACGUCUUUAGAAAUGGUCAGUAUUUUAGCCAUAAAUUACAACUUUGCUGACCUGUGCUGUAUCUUCUUUAAAAUCCAUUUUGCUUUAAAUCUGAUUAAUUCUUUAUGGCUGAAAUUCCCUCACAUGGCAAUUUGAAGAGAGAAUGUCCUUGGCUGUGAUCCACAGUGAUGGUGUAUGAAAUGAGCACAUCCACUGACUCGGCCUACUUCUGAUUCCCCAAGACAAGAGAGAGUCUUCACAUGAACAGCCAGAUAGUGGGAGCACACAGGCUCAUAUCACACGGCUUUCCCUUCACAAUAUGGCCAAACAGUCUCACUGUCUUUUGUGUGCGUGUUUGCGGGGGGGUAUUUGUGAGUAUAGCAACCUUUCCUUAACAAUACGGCAUGCGUGCGUGUGCUUUUGUAUGUGUGUGUUCAUGAAUACGAGUACCAGCACCUUCUAAACACUGCCCUUUUGUUUGCCUGUAUGUGCUUGUGUAGCAUACUGUAGAAAGAGCCCCAUUUGAGUCUGUACAUUUGUGUUGCUGUGCACACAAUAAAAAGGGGAAAAGAUUGGUUACUGAUGUGAGGUUCAUUCAUAUUUUUUUGGGCAAUUUCUUGUGAGCAAAAGAAGUCAUGGAAACCAUUAGCAGUGCAGAUGCUUGUUGCCAAAAAAAUCACAACCUUAUGUUGUAUCAGCUGAAGGACAGUUUGUCUAACCACUCAGCCAACCCAGUGCCCUAUAAGUUAGUGUGAAAAUAUUUCACGUUAAUGCAAACUUGUAUGUGUAUGGUUGUGUAAGGAGGCCCGCAACCCUGCGGCCAGCCAAGAAUGUCAAUAUUAGAUGUUGGACUAAAAGACCCAGAUUAUGUUCAAUAUGCCAAAUGCCGUCCUCUACACCUUCACUACAUGUAGGUCACAGUAUUUACUGGAUUGGAUGUAGAUUGUUUGAUGGAGAAUUAUCCAGUAUAGACUUAAUCCUCAGGGAUACUGCACUGAAAGAGUGUGUCAAAAAGAAAGUCAAGAGAGGACAGGUUUACUGCAUGUGUGUGUGUCUAGCUGUUAGUAGGCUACGCAUGCUCACCUCUGUGUACUUGCUCUAUUUACAGAGUCCUACGGUAUCUUACCUUCCCUGUUUUGCCCUUGACUUUGACAUCUCCUCUUACUCUUUAUAUUCCUAAAAUGUAUGAUGCUAACUGAGUUAUUUUACCUAAAAGGCAUCAACUGUCAUGGAAGAGAUGCUACGGCUGGAGUAAUAAGAGUUAAAGUGAUAGGGCGGAUAAUAUAGAUGUCCUUUGGGAGGCUGUAAAAAGACUGUAAAAAUAUUAAUAUAGUCACUGAAAUAUACUGCAGUUGUUUCUAUGUCCUUGCAGCAAGCAGGUGCUGGUGUUACAUAAAAACCUUUGUACCUGUGGAAAAUGAUCUCAUGAUGCUUUUAACGGUGAUGCUUUUGCCUCUUUUGCCUUUAUUAAAACUGUACAAUGGGGUAUGGCUUUAGUGGACUUUCAGGGGUUAUUCAAGUGGCAGUAAUUAUCACUGAUGAUUAUAAGAAGAAGAGGAAGAAAUGAAAUUGUCUUAACUUGCUUGAUAUGGUACUCCCAUUUUAUCUAAGUUUUGAGCUUUUGAUUGCAAUGCCAGGGAUUAAACAUCAUUAACUGAGUCAUUCGUUUAAGAGUUUUGCUUAUUUUCUUUUAUGUCUUCUUUGUCAACUUCUGUGCAAUGAAUUUUUGUUCGCCUCAGACAGCAUUGAGUCAGACUAGUUAAAUUAGGUGUGCUUUUGUGUGAGGGGUGUCACUCAGGUAUUUGAAUUCAAUGGUUUGUGAGCAAGGCCAUUUUUAAGUGGCACUUGUUUCAUCUACAUUGUAUGCGCACUAUUAAAUGUGCAGGUGUGGGUGUAUUUCAGCAUAUGCGCAUUUCCUUGUUUGUCAUUCUACUCUAUGAAUGCAGCAAGUUGCCAUGGGAACUAUGACAUUUGUGAUACCAUGUGAUUUUAUCCAUCAUUCUCAGGAAAAAAAUACACUUUACUGUGAGUGGUCCGUGGUCCCUUUCCGGCAGCAAGAGGGUCAGCUUUGCAGUUUCCUGACAUGUUUUGGCUUCUUUGUAAAAGAUGUAUUUGGAAAUUUGUAUUGGCAAAGGGGGUGCUGUACCUUUUGCUUGUCCACCUAUUCUCCUGAGAUUUUAUUUCUGGUAAUGGCAUACUCUGACUGUACACUGUACCAUAAUUGUCCCACUCAAACUAGAUUUCAAAGGGAUGAAGAUGUCAUGAUCCUGGAUAAUUUGUUAUCCAUACCACUUUCAUGUCUGUAGUGUAAAUAUGACGCUAUCUCCUGCAGCAGCUUAGCUUAGCAAUAAGGCUGGAAACAGGGGGAAAUGGCUAGCCUGCUGUCUGUGUUGUCCAGCUGAGACUAGGAAAUACUGCAACUGGUCAAGAAAUAUAGUGUGAAUUUAACAAACAAUAUAACAUGCUAGAGUUGCCGGUAGGCAGACUUUGUUAACUAUUCACAGAAUCAGGCUAGCUGUUUCCCCCCCUUUUCCAGUCUUUGUUCUAAGCGAAGCUAACUGGUUUCUGGCGGUAGCUUCAUAUUUAAUAACAUGAUAGUGAUAUUGAUCUUCUGAUCUAACUCUCGACAAGAAAGUGAAUAAGCACAUUACCCAUCAAGCUGUUUCUUUAAAUCUGAAUAAAUUUCACACACACAGCAAUAUUGAAGGCAAAAAAACCCUCUGUAUUCUAACCUUGAAUGCCUAAAAUAUGUACAGUAAGUCAGAUGCUUACAAGCAUUUUGUGGACAACGUUAUGGACUUAUGUUCCACAUUCAGACCUGUGUGGCAAUGUCUGAGGGACAGGUCUUUGUGUCCAGCAUUCCACUGGUGCCAUUGUCGCAUGUCAAAACAUGUACCAACACACGUCAACACAUACAUGUACACAGAAACACACACCGUCUUUGUGUUAGCCCUGAGGGAGGCAGAGAAUGUGUUAAAGGCAAACCCAUUCCAUUAUGUAAGUAGGUAUACACCAAUGCACACACAGAAAAACAGCCAAAAGCUGCUGGUGAGCUCGCAACUGGGGGCCUCUGACCCACAUAGGGCCGUUUGCAGGAUGCGUCCCACUUUUCCACUUGACCAUGUAUCAUUAACUCACUCUCUGCUCUCCUAGGGGCUGAGCUGGAUUGUGGUCCCUGUUCACCUGAGCUCACAUUGUCAUUAUUGUCAGUCAUGUUGAGUAUACAUGACACGCUGCUCACAAACACAAAACACUGACACUAUACUGUCUGGUUACUUUUUAUCUCCUGCUUUGAGUUGCCAUGAUCCCAUAAAACACACACACACACACACACUCCCGUGCACACACACACCUGUGCAGUCACAGUCUCACAAAGCCCAUGGUGUCUGCCAGUAUCAAAGUGGUGUCCUGGGGUACUAAAGUGCAGUGUCUACCAUUUUAGCCACUGUGUUGCCUCAGCCUCUGACAUACAUAGAGUUCCUCAUUCUCUCUCUCCCGAUCUCUCUCUGCAUCUCUCUCACACACACAUUCUGCUCUCAGUCUCCACUCCAGCUGUCUCAUUCUCCUAUUCCCUCUUCCCACUCUGUUUUUUCCUCCUCCUCCUUCCCUCUCCUUCUCUCUCUUACACACAUGCAUACAGAUGCACAUACACAUCCUCUCUCUCCCUUCCUCUCCUUAUAUUCACCAUAUCCACCGGCAACUUCGCUGAGGAGCCUCCCUCACCAGCCUGUGGAUCCCUACAUUUGACUAAUUAGCCUUGAAGUGCUGUUGAAGAUCAUCAUAUUUAGCUUAGCGACCUAGCGGUAGAGUGCAGACAGAUAUAGACUAGGCUGGCUGGAGGCUGGGUGCCUGGCAGUGUGGCGCUCUCUCUCUCUCUCUCUCUCUCUCUCUCUCUCUCUCUCUCUCUCUCUCUCUCUCUCUCUCUCUCUCUCUCUCCCCCCCCCCAGUGCCGAGGGCUUCUCACUGGCGGAGCGGUGGAAGUGAGGGGUGGUUUUGCUUUGAAAGAGACGAGAAGGGGGAAAAGAGAAAGAAGCGAAGCUGAAACCACAACGCAACCACAGAAUGGGAGUCCGCUGCAGGAGCAAAUCCUCCUAGAGACGCGGAUUCUGAGGAGGCAGCGGUCACUGUGCAGCAGCACUGCUUCCAACAUACAGAGAUUUAAGAUGAUUGACAGUCAGCUGUUAGCACAGAGGAGGAUGAGGAACCUUCCUGAUGAAAGAGGCCAGCAGAAGACCAGCACCUACAUCGUGCCCUGCUUCCUCUUUGUGGAGCUGGUCAUCAUGGCAGGGACGGUUCUGUUGGCGUACUACUUUGAGUACACGGACACGUUCCCCGUGCACAUCCAGGGCUUCUUCUGUUUUGACAAAGCCUACUCCAAGCCGUACCCAGGACCAGAGGACAACAGCAAGGCGCCGCCAGUCCUCGUCUACUCCCUCGUCACUGCCAUCCCCACUGUGACGAUUCUGAUCGGGGAAGUGACCAGUUUCUUUGUGAAGACAGAGGGAGCUCAGGAGAAGACCAUAGUGACCGCUGACUGCUGCUAUUUCAACCCUCUCCUCCGUAGGAUCGUACGUUUUCUGGGUGUCUACUCCUUUGGCCUCUUCACAACCACCAUCUUUGCCAACGCAGGUCAAGUGGUGACAGGAAACCAGACGCCUCAUUUCCUGUCUGCCUGCAAGCCAAACUACACAGCUCUGGGCUGCCAGUCUCCGCUGCAGUACAUCACAGAGCGCAGAGCCUGCACAGGAAACCCUUACCUGGUGGCAUCUGCCCGCAAAUCCUUCCCCUCCAAAGACGCAGCACUCAGCUUUUAUUCAGCCAUUUACACAGUGAUGUAUGUGACUCUGGUGUUCCGGACCAAAGGGACCCGUCUGACAAAGCCCACCCUGUGCCUAGUGCUGCUGUCUCUGGCCGUGCUGGUUGGGGUGAUGAGGGUGACUGAACACAGAAACCACUGGAACGAUGUCCUGGCUGGGUUUAUCACAGGAGGGGCCAUCGCUGCCUUCCUGGUGUCAUGUGUGAUCAACAAUUUCCAGCAAACCCAGAUAGCACUGCCAACUCCUCCACCUCCACAGCGUCCAGAGCCCCCCAUGGGGCUGCCUCUCCUCAGCCUGCCCCGUGUUGAGAGUCCACUCGAAAAGUUAAGUGGUUUCCAGACUCCAGGGCUACCGUAUUCUGAGAUCACAUGACCAUCAGCCAACCCCGUCCCCCGCCCCUCCCGAUGUGCUCCUCCCCUCACGGCGUUGCCUCACCAGCGCAGUCUAGACCUGCCCAAUGAAUGCCCCCCGCCCUGCCCUGCCCACCCUGAAGGACGACAUCCUCUCCGACGAGUCAAAUCCACACAGGUCUGAAGGUCCAUUAAUCACAGGAGGC